AGUAAACACAGUAGAUUUAUAGAGAAAGGAUUUGAAAGGAAAAAAUAGCAAGUUUGAGAGAAAAAAGAUAACGUAUUUUUCGGAGUUAAACGAAAAAAAGUUGCGAAGUGUUAUAUUUCGAAGCUAAACUGGUCUAUUUGCGAGGUGUUACAUUUUCUGUCUGAUACUAAUUGUUUGCGAGGAGUAGCAAUGACGACCGCAAGCCUAUCUUUUCUGAUAUGGUGUGAUGGCCGUAUGGUAAAUUCUCCGUGUGGAGUAGAAUAUCAUGGUGGUCGUCGGGUUAAUAUGGCACUUAGUGAGAGAAUGAAUUUCGAAGAAUUAAAAAAUAUAUGUAGAAGGGCAGUUUUUACAGACUUCGAAGUAGAAAUUACAAAAAUCUACUUACGGCUUCCAAGAAUCGAAGGGGGUGUAAUACGUUCAUACUCGUUGUUUUCUGUGGAGAAUAAUGAGCACUUGUUUGGAAUUUUGAACGAGGCUAUGAGAUUUCCGGAACUAGAUGUUCUGGAAUUGUACGUGGAGUACGAGACUGUGGUUCGUAAUGAGAUUUUACUGGAUCAGUUGGUUUUAAGUAAUUCUAGUGGGUCGGAGAGGAGUAGUGAUGAAGAGGAAGAAGAGGAUUUUUAUGACAGCGACGAAGAGGAUGUUGGGGAAGAUUUGGGAGAAGAUACACAAUAUCAGUCGCAAAUCCCUGAGCACGUUAGACUGGUGGAUAUUUUCAACUUUGACGUUGCCCCAGAGGUUGAUGAAAACAUUGUGUGGAAUCCUGGGAUGGAGUUCCAAGAAGGGAUGAUCUUCCCAAAUCGUGAUGUUGUUCAAGCUUGUGCGACUACUUAUUCAGUCGCUGUGGGAAGGGAGCACAAGAGUCAUCGGACUACCAACUCGACAACAAUAUUGGUUUGUAAGCACAACGAAAUCUGCAAUUGGUGGUUGCGUGCUACACUGCUGCAAAUAAAUCAUACGUGGACGUUGACAAAAUAUAACGGGCCACACACGUGCAAUCAGCUGUUACCUGACCCUAACCAUCAGAAUUUUGGGGCUGGUCCAAUUGCAAAAUAUAUCAGGACUGAAGUAAUGGAGCAGCGUGAUAUACGGAUUAAGACCCUUAUUGCUGGAAUUUGGCAAACAUAUGGAGUGAGGCCUUCGUAUGAAAGAACUUGGAAUGCGAAAGAGAAGGCAAUCGCUGCUGUUUACGGGGGCUGGUAUGAUUCAUUCGCUAUGGUUCAAAAGUUCAUGAACGAGAUGGCUCAUGUCAAUCCUGGAUCAUUCUGGGAUGCAGAAGGCACUGAGGUGUACGUUGACGAGAUGCUUCAGCCGAAUGUCGUAACGUUCAUCAGAAUGUUUUGGACUUUUUAUCCGACAAUCGAAGGGUUUCCGUUCUGCAAGCCUGUUCUGUUUGUCAACGGUACUCAUUUGUAUGGCAAAUACAAAAUGACCAUGUUGAUCGCGUCGGCAAUAGAUGGGAACAAUCACAUAAUGCCACUAGCAUUUGCACUUGUUGAAUCUGAAAGUGCUGACAGUUACGAGUACUUUUUUGAGCAUUUGCGUGAGCAAGUGAUUCGCGAUAGGAAGGUGGCCAUUAUAUCUGAUAGACAUGCUGGAAUAUUAUCGGUUUUGAACCGUCCGGAAUGGGCCGGUGUCGCUCACAAGUUCUGCAUCAGACAUUUUUGUAGUAAUUUUCAGACCAAGUUUAGGAACAAGAGUUUGAAAAAGCUGGCAGAGAAAGCAGGCCGAGCAUAUCAGAAGAAGAAAUACACUCAUUUCAUGGAAAUCAUGAAGAUUAAAAGUCCAGAAGGGUAUGCAUGGCUAACUAAUCCAGCGAAGCGGUCGAAAGAAAAGUGGACUAGGGUGUAUGACAAAAAGGGACAACGGCAUAAUGUGAUGACAACUAACUAUGCCGAGUCUGUUAAUGCGACCCUGAAGAAUAUAAAGGGACUUCCAAUCACAGCAAUGAUUGAGGGAAUUUUUGAUAAGCUGGUCGAUAUGUUCGACAAGCGUUGGAAGACGUAUGAGUCAUUGAUUGGUUCCAACGUUCACUACACUCCAGUAUGCAUCCAGCUAUUGAAAAAGAGGGGGGACAAGGCCCGUUUCCAUGUCAGUCAGACAUACGACCGUACUACGAUGACUUGUAAAGUGGAAACUAGGAAGAACCACACGAGUGGAAGAGGAGAAAAUACCCAUACGGUAAACCUUCAACAAAAGAAAUGCACCUGUGGUAAAUUCCAGCAGUUUAAGUUGCCCUGCUCUCAUGCUAUGGCCGUGUGUGCGAAGGAGAAGCUGAACCCUCAUGACUUUGUGCAUUGGCAUUAUCAGACAAAGUUUGCUGUACAAUGCUGGAACACCCCAUUUAAGCCAUUACGUGACCGUACAUACUGGGGAGAGUCCGGCGAACCGCACUUCAUUCCAGACCCUGCCUGGCUUAGAAAAAGGGGGUGACCGGUCAAUCAUCGCUUCAAGAACGAGAUGAAUCAGCAAUACAUGGAAGAUCAGAGUCCUAACUAGUGUAGUAGGUGUUAUAACAGGGGCCACAAUGCCCAACUUUAUGCCAAUCCAAUUAGAAACCAAAAUGAUUAGAAUCCACUAUAUUGUGUAAUAAAUUGGAAUUGAUUUUGUCUGUUAUUGUAAUUUUUUAUAAUUGCAACGCUUGAAUGAAAUUUUAAUUAUUAAGUUUGAAA